AUAGUUCUUGGCAGCAAUUUGAAAGUUAUUUGAGGAGAAGGGGAGACUUACAAUGAUGAUUCAAAUGAAGGAAACUAAAAAGUAAUGAAGCAAGGCAGAGGAAAAAGCAGUACUCACUUGAGCACAUCCCAAAAGAAUAACAUUUCAAAUGUAACUAGAAAAAAGUAUGCUGAAGUUCACAAUACAGAAAUAAUUAUUAAUAAGAUAGCUUUAAAGCCCUGCUCAGCUUUUGAAUGUUGGGAAUUGACCCAGAGGUGGCUGUAACCUAAGAUGGUUCCUUCAGUAAUGACCAUUUUUUCUUUUUCAAGAUGAUGAUUAUUCCCCACCUUCUAAGAGACAAAGACCAACGAGCCACCACAGCCACCAGUCCCAGAACCCGCCAAUGCUGGGGAACGGAAAAUGAGGGAGUUCAACUCUGGCCCUCACAAUCCAGUGGAGGAGACGAAACUCAUCUGCCUCUGUCCCUCUGGGCACGCCUCAUGCCAGGUGCAUCUGUGGACAGGGGCCAUGCUCCUGGGCUUCCAAAGUUGGAGAAAGCUGCCAGGCUCAGGUCUGAAGGCCAGAAUUCUACAGUAAGUCCUACUGAGUCAAGGUGGGAGCAGGGUCGGUGGCUUCCGAGGCUCUGCGGGAGAAUCCGUUUCCUGGCCGUAGAGGUGGCCUGCACUCCUCAGCUUGUGCUGCCCAUCUCGAAUGACUGGAGUUUCCUGCUUCUGUUACUACACCUCCCACCCUCUCCAUCACCUGCUCUGCUCUUACAGCAGAGCUCUGCCCCUCAUUCCCCGGCCUCACUCACAAAUAGCCUUCACCCAGACAGCCUUCGCCCUGUGCACCGCGGCUGGGGCUGGAGGGGAGGCAAUGGCCGUCUCCUGUGUGUGCACUGGACGCCCGGAAUCUCAACAGCACUCACACUGGAACUUGAAGGUGCCCCGGGGAAACCCACGGAAGCACAGUGGUGCCUCUGGCUGCCUGGAGCCUACCCCAGUUCCUCCCUGGCAGUGAGAGAAAGCUGCAAUCACCCAUCAGCAGGCUUUAUUACAGAAAAGGAAACGCAAAUUGGGCCUCCCCUCCUGCUGGGAAGCAUGGGAACAUAAGGUCAAGGAAGAUGGAAGGGGGAACAAAGAGAAACACUGCAGACCGGCUGCAGCCAGAGGCUGCAGGUGCAGGGCUGAAACUGAAUCAUCGCCAUGCCAGCAGGAGUGGCCUGCCUGGAGUAACCCACCCUUCCAGGGAGCACAGGCUGGGUGCCCUCCCCAGGGCCCAGGCAGGCCCCUCCUCUGGGUCUUGGGGCCCCCGUAAGAGCAGGAGUUGGAGAGGGUGGGCUCCUCACCUCCACUUUCUCUGUCCUGUUAGAAUUCUAAAGGGCGGGGCAUUUUCUGUGUUAGAGAAUGCUCCAGAAGACUUAUGUGACCUCAACUUCAGCUAAAUUUCUAAUAGGAAAAGUUGGUAAGCUAAACAAAACCCUAAGCCCCCUAAACAACUGAAAGGGGCCCCAGAGAAACCUGAAAAGCUGAGUUCCCAGCCUCGAUGGGAAGGGAGGUCCACCACGCUUCAUUACGCUCCUUCCCUUUUGCAGCUUAGAUGCAACCACGGACCAGCAUUAGAGGUCAUGGAGAUCUUAAGACUGACAGACAGACUCUUUGUGGCAAUAAGACACCAAAUUAUAAACAGGACCCAUGCAGGCAAGGGUAAAGUCACACCUGCAGGUCAUCAUCUUGCUACACAGCUUCCAAGUUUUAGACAGAACCUUCCUCCUCCAACCAAAUGCAAAUUAAAGAAUCUCUGAAUCCACCGAUGUCCUGUAAGCCCCAGCUUUGAGAUGUCCCUCCCUUUCAGCUCAAACCAAUGCCGACCUUCUGUGCACGGCUGUAUGCCUUUGCCUGUAACUCCUGCCUCCCUGAAAUGUUAAAACCAAAGUGCGGCCGGGCGCGGUGACUCACGCCUCUCAUCCCAGCACUUUGGGAGGCCGAGGCAGGUGGAUCACCAGGUCAAGAGAUCGAGACCAUCCUGGCCAACACGGUGAAACCCUGUCUCUACUAAAAAUACAAAAAUUAGCCGGGCGUGGUGGCGGGUGCCUGUAGUCCCAGCUACUCGGGAGACUGAGGCAGGAGAAUCUCUUGAACCCGGGAGGCGGAGGUUGCAGUGAGCCGAGAUCGCGCCACUGCACUCCAGCCUGGUGACACAGCGAGACUCCAUCUCAAAAAAUUAAAAAAAAACUGCAACCCGACCUCAGGUCCUUUCUCAGGACUCCUUGGAGCCUGUCUCCCAGGCUGUGGUUACCCCUGUUGGCUCAGAAAUAACCUCUUUAAAAUAUUCUAUGGAGUCUGGUUUUUCCAUCAGCAAGUUUUACUCUAAAGUGGACAUUGUUUUCCUUUCACAAAGGGCUGGGGCUUCCCAGAUGAUAAUGAAAAAAUUAAAUUUAAAUGUUAUUUAAAA